ACGCUACAGCUCAGCGGACACUACACAAAUAAUACAUGACAGUAAUGAAAUAUACGUUCUGAGAUUGACACCAAAAACAAGAUAUGGCAUACAUUUCCACCUAUCCAAUCUCUGCAUCAGACGUCUGUGUUCCUGUGAAAUUGGAAUAUGAAUCAAGUGAGCUUACUGUAAAUGAGCCAUGGAUUUUUGGAGCUUUUUUCUUGGGCCUUGUUGUUGGAAUUGGUAUAACAGCGUUACUGGUGCCAUGUUGUCUGCGGAGUAUGGCAAAGAAACAGAUUCAUUUCUUGUCCUGUUUAUGGAGAAGGAAGGCACAAGAUGAAGAGGAGCUAUUGGAGGAGAAAGCAGUACAUGUGACUAAGGGCAACCAAGAUGUGAUAUAUGCUUACAAUGUAAGAGACCAACAAACCAAAAAAACAAAAUUUGGUAAAAAGAAAGGAAAGAAGGGAAAGAGGGGAGAUGAAGAUGAUGAAGAUGAUGAGAUGGGUGCUGAUAAUGACAUAGAGAAGCCACCAUUAGAUCCUUCCUUUUGUCAUGGUAUUGGGGACAUCCUUGUACAGAAUACAAUAGAAGGAGCAGAGGCAGAAAUGAGUAAACAGGAUGUGGACAAAGUGGACCGAGUAACACGAGAUCUUCGUCGGGAGAAAGAUGAUAUGUUCCUAAAACAGUUGAAGAUGCAGUUACGAAGAAUGAAGGUUGGAGAUGUUGGACUACAAGAAAUUGUGAAUAAUGUUAUGGAGGACCUUCUCAGCAAAGCAAAGAUGUACCAGGACGAAAAACAAGAAGUAGAAGAUGAGACACGACGACAGAUGGCUAAAGACAAGAACCCUGGUGCUGUACAAACUGAGGUGGACAAGCUCGAUUCCCAGCUUGAACAGAAGCUUGUCAAGUUGCAUGAGGAUGAGCGUGACUUCAUCAGACAGGAGCUGUCUAAACGAACUGACCUGAAGGAUGAGGAGAUUGAAGCAAUCAUGGCUGCCCUUCUAAAGGAUAUGGCUAAUCUGGAGAAAAAAUUGGGACUCGAGUUCCACAGACAAAAUAGGUUGUUGGAGGAACGCCUUGCCAGGAGGAGACAAAUCCUGGAGUUUCGUAAGUUACAAGACCAGCAGUCGAAAGAGGAACUAAAAGAUAAUGUUCAGGUUAUGGAGGAGGCAGUUAAGGACUUGGUUAAUAAUAAAGAUGUGAGUUCUAAAGAAGCAACACAGCUCAUCAACCAGUAUAUGCUUGAUCUUCAGAAACUUCACAGUCAGCAUGAAAAAGAAUCCAACAGACAACUAGAAGACUUAUCUGAUAAACUAAGAUCCAGACGGAUGAAACGUUUGAAUCAGCUUCAAAAUAAGCAUGAGAGAGAAAGAGCCAUACAUAAGGAGAAACGAGAGAGGGGAACAGACGCCGCAGAUUUCUCUCAGGGCUAUCAUGACCUACUGCAGAAACAACGAACAGAAACCGAGAUCACAGAGACAGAGAUAGAUCAACAGGAAUUAGAGACAAUAGAGAUAGAUCACCUCACAGGAAAACUAUCAUCAGACGAGGCUAUUCAGGUGAGUAUGCGGACAGAGAAGAUAAGGCAACAGCUUGAGGGGUUCGGGCAAGACUCUCGAAAGGCAGAACAGAUCAUAGACUUACACAAGGCUCGUAUGGACCAGCUUAAUGAAAAAAGGAUGGAUGAAAGAAACCUUAUGGCAAGCAAAGUAAAUGAGAGAUGGGAGAAAAAAAUGCAGCAACUAGAUGAACAGGAGCAACAAUCUUUUGUGGAGAAGGAGACAAUGAAUGAACAGCAGAACCAGACAGUCAACCGUGUACUGUCCACCAGUGUGGAACUGACCGAUGAGGCAAAAAAGAAGAUCAUUAGAGAGCACCAACACAAUAUGGAGGUUCUGAAUAACCAGCUGGAUAAAAGUAAAAUACGACAGCAACGGAAUAUUGAAUAUCAAUUAAAUGAGCGACGAGCCAAGAUGGCAGCCUUGAGGAAGCAGAGGGAAGACGCCAUGGCAAACAAGGCAAAGGCCAGCAAGGAAGAGAUGGAGAAAUUAGAGAAACAGUUGGAGGAAGAGAUAGCCUUAGAACAGGAGAACAUUGAGAAGGAACGACAAGCUGCUCUACUUAGUCUCCGACAGAGACUGGCCACUGAGACUGAGGAGGCUCUAGCUCAGGGAGAACAGGAACUGAGUGUCCUCAUUGGUCGACUGGAGGUGGGAUCAGCCAGGCGAAAGUUGGUGCUACAAAAACAAGACACCAUGCUGCAGUCUCUUCAGGAACAACUGGAAAACAAGCUUUCUAAGGGUGGUGUACAGCUGUCUGGAGCAGACCAGAUCAUUCAGCAACACAACAACCAAGUGGACCACCUCAAUCAACAGCUCCAGGCAUGCCGUGAGGACCAGGAGUACAACAUCAGAGAGAAAAUACAGGCCAUGAAGUUACAGAAGGAAAGCGAGUUGGAGAGGGAAUUGCAAGAAAAAAUUGUAGUAGAAAAUCAACAAAAAAGAGGUGGAUCUAUACGACGAAGAGGAGCUAGUAAGGCCAGUGAGGUGCUUAGUACCUUGUACAUGCAGCAGAAACACAAACGUGAGAUAAAUCAGCUGGAGGAGGACAUGAAGCUUGAGCUGGAGCGAAGCAAAGAGGAACUUAAUAGGCAGUUACAACAAGAGCUGGAGGCAGAGCUCAAGAAUCAAAAGCAGCAGUUUAUUACGCAAUUAGCAGCUACAAGUGGAAUGUCGAGAGAAGAUAUAUUAGAUACUGUGGAUUCUGCCAAUAUGGGUGGAAGCAAGAAACAAGCCCGUAAAUUGGCGAAGGAACUGAAGGACGGAAUGCAGCGGGCCAAAACAGACCUAGCAAUGGAUCAAUAUAUUGAUGAACAAGAAACCAGACCAAGUAGUCGGCUAUCCCGUCCAGGCUCUGGGCGUCCUCAGUCUGGAUCUACAGAUGGCGGAUUUCGACCAAAGAGUGGCCUGAAGAAGAAGGGCAAGCGAUCAUCUGUAGCCCCAGCUAAAGAAUCUUGGGGGACUGAAAAUUACACACUUUACAAUGAAGAUGACUUUUAGAUAUAUUUAAAUGUAAUUAAUCAAAAUUUUUCAAACU